CCCGUUUCCCCGGGGCCGGGUGUUCCCCCGGAGGACCCGGCUUGGUUGCGCUUCCGGGUGCCGGGCCGUUCGCCGGAGGCCGAGGGCGCCGGGAGGGCAGGAUGGCGUCCUCCUCGCUGGAAAGAACGAAGACGAAGGCCGCCGGCGGAUUUCGAAAGCAGAAGCGGGAGAAACAAGCUGUAGAUAAAUCCGAGCUGCUCACUGUGCCUAAUGGAUGGAAAGAACCAACUUUUACCAAAGACGACAAUCCCAGAGGGUUAUUGGAGGAAAGCAGUUUUGCAACUUUGUUUCCAAAAUACAGGGAAGCCUACUUGAAGGAAUGCUGGCCACUUGUGCAGAAAGCUCUACAAGAACACCAUGUGAAGGCAACACUGGAUUUGAUUGAAGGAAGUAUGACCGUUUGUACCACAAAGAAGACUUUUGAUCCAUAUGUGAUCAUCAGGGCCAGAGACUUAAUAAAACUUUUGGCAAGAAGUGUGCCCUUUGAGCAGGCAGUACGAAUUCUUCAGGAUGGCACAGCCUGUGAUAUUGUUAAAAUUGGUUCUCUGGUCAGAAACAAAGAAAGAUUUAUAAAAAGACGCCAGAGGCUUAUUGGGCCCAGAGGAUCUACUCUGAAGGCCCUGGAGCUGUUGACAAAUUGUUACAUCAUGGUUCAGGGGAACACAGUUUCAGCUCUUGGCCCUUUUAAUGGCUUAAAAGAGGUAAGAAAAGUCAUCCUGGAUACAAUGAAGAAUAUUCACCCAGUAUAUAAUAUUAAAACUUUGAUGAUUAAACGGGAACUGUCAAAAGAUUCUGAACUAAGAACACAGGAUUGGGAAAGAUUUUUGCCAAAGUUCAAACACAAGAAUUUGAAUAAACGCAAGGAGCCUAAGAAGAAAAAGGUCAAGAAAGAAUAUACACCAUUCCCACCUCCACAACCGGAAAGCCAGAUUGACAAAGAAUUGGCCAGUGGUGAAUACUUCUUGAAAGCAAGCCAGAAAAAGAGGCAGAAGAUGGAAGAGAUAAAGGCUAAACAAGCUGAAGUGCUUAGUAAGAGACAAGAAGAAAGGAACAGAGCCUUUAUUCCACCAAAGGAAAAAAUAGUCGUGAAACCUAAGAAAGUUUCUGAAAAUAAAAUUGACAUAGCAGCCAUCAAGGAAAAGGUAAAGAAAGCAAAGAAAAAGAAACUGGGAGCACUUACAGAAGAGGAAAUUAAACUUAAGAUGGAAGUAAAUGAAAAGAAUAAGAAGAGAAAAGUGUGACACAAAAAUUGACUUAAAAUGUAUGUAUAUUCUUCCUUUUGUAAAGGAUUAUUGGACUACAGGUCUUGGUUUCCUCAACUGUUAAAAGAAGGUGUUUUGAGGGCUUCUGUUAUCAUUUUUGGCACCAGGGAUUAAGGUCCUUCCUCUAUAGCUAUGAUUCACAUAUUUGCUACAAUAAUAAAUUAUAAAGAAGUUGUAAUGUAGGUGAAUUUCAGAUAUGAGGCUGCAAGACAUUUUAACCUGUGGAUCUUCCUUUCCUUGCCCAUCACUUCUUCCAACAGAGAUGUGGAACAGCCUCUUUCCUGCCUGCCUCAUCCCCCUCCCCCUUUUCUCUCUCUCUCUCCCCCUGCACUUUUCUCUCUUGCUCCCUCCCUUCUCGUUCUUUUCCCAGGACUAGAAUCCCAGCAGAGAUAGGAAGGCAGGAGACCAGUGAGGUAGUCAGCUAGCAACCUGCUUCCAGCAUGCUUGAAUUUCCCGGCUCCAGAUCCCUCUCCCCUUCCCCAGCCCAGGACAAAGGUGUCAAGAUUUUUUGCAGGCAAAAGCUAGGACACACCUUUAUUUAGUACAGAAGGAUUUUUAAUAAAUCGUCGUAUAUUCAUCUGUGGGACUUUA